AUGAAUCUUAAAACAUAUUUUAAAAAAAAAAUAGAAAAAUUCAAAUUAAAACUUUUUAUUUCUAAUAAAAAGAAGUCUUCAAAGUAUUAUUUAAGUAAUAAAAAAUAUAAUGAAUUAUAUCUUGAAGAAUUUACAAGGUAUGGGCGACAAAUAAUUUUACCAGAAAUAGGAAUAGAAGGACAGAAGAUUCUAAAGACAGCAAAAAUAUUAGUUGUAGGAGCAGGUGGAUUAGGGUGUCCUGCUUUAGCUUAUUUAACAGGAGCAGGAAUUGGAACUAUUGGAAUAGUUGAUGGAGAUUAUGUUGAUAUAUCAAAUUCUCAUAGACAAAUUUUACAUACAUCAUCUAAAUUAGGAGAAAAAAAAGUCAAUUCUGCUAUUAAAUAUUUAAAAGAUUUAAAUCCUUUAGUCAAUUUUGUUAAUCAUUCUACUCAUAUUUCACCUUCUUCAUCAAUAAGUAUUAUUCAACCAUAUGAUAUCAUUCUCGAUUGUACAGAUAACCAACCAAUACGCUAUCUUAUAUCGGAUACAUGUGUUCUUUUAAAAAAACCUUUAGUCAGUGCAAGCGCUAUAAAAACAGAAGGUCAGCUUUGUGUCUAUGGAUUUCGAGGAAAUUGUUGCUACAGAUGCCUUUUUCCUACACCAUCACCAAAAGAAGCAAGCCAAACAUGCGAAGGAAGUGGAAUAUUAGGAAUGGUAGUAGGGGUAAUGGGAGCAUUACAGGCAUUAGAAGCAAUAAAAAUUUUACUAUCACCUCAACUAAUAUCUCAUUAUGAUACAGAAACUAAUAGUUACAUAUCUUACAUGACAUUUUUUUCAGCAUUCUCAAUUCCCCAAUUUAGGUCUAUUAAACUUCGUCCAAGAAAUAUAUUAUGUCCAAGUUGUGGAGACAAACCCUUGAUUACAAAAAGUAUAAUUGAAGAAGGAAGUUGUUACAAUCUAAAUACUUUAUGUAAAGAAAAAAUUCUAUCAAGAGAGCAAAGGAUUACUGAACUAAAUUCCAUAUUUCAGUCUGAAGAAAUAUCGCAAAUUAUAUUAAUUGAUGUUAGGGAUGAGAUGCAAUUUAAACUAUGUUCUUUACCAUUUUCAAUAAACAUACCAUUAACUAGUUUUUAUAACCUUUCAUAUCUUCCUAUCGAUAUAAGUAAACAGAUAUAUGUUAUAUGUAGAUCAGGAAAUGAUUCUCAACUUGCAGUAAAGUUACUUCACGAAAAAUUCAAUAUUUUGACUGCUAAAGAUGUUAUUGGGGGAUUAAGAUCAUGGAGUACAGUAGUAAAUAACCAAUUUCCAGUAUAUUAA